UUUCAACUGUGCUAACAUUGCACACGCGGUUAUUGCGAGGAAGGCACCGCGACGCACUGUGCCCACCGCUGCCUUCAACUUUGGACUAAAGCGCGCCGCUGGAAGUUUAUGUGCCGCUGCCUCGGACAGGCUCUCUGAAGCUCCAUGCAGGUAGAGUGGACCGAAGCCUGAAUGGACUAAAGAAGAGACCGACAGAGGUUCAAAAGUGGGGAGGAGGAGACUUUGGGGGUACAGCAAUACAACCAGGAGAGGAAGAGAAGGAGGGGAAAAGACUGAAAUAAUCCAGUGGCGAGACUCCCAGGAUAGCGUGGUGGUGCAGGGGAGGGAGUUGGAUACCCAGCAUGCAGGCAGCAUGGAACGGGUGAGGGAGCAGCGGCCUUUCUGCUCGCUGUCCAAGAGCCAGAGAGACCGAGAGAGAUUCUGCGAGAGAGAUAAGGAUCGGGAACGCCGAUACACCGCCUCCUCGGCUGGCAGGGAGGAGGGACCCUGCCGCGUACCCACUCAGCAAUCCUACAGCUCCAGUGAGACGCUCCAGGCUUUCGAACAUGACCCUUCCCGGAUGCUGUUCGGAGGCAGAGUCAAAGACAUGGUCCACAAGGAGAGCGCAGAGUACAGCAGGCCAGGCCAGACGUUUUCGCUGAGGCAACUUGGAAUCUGUGAGCCCCAGGCCCGCAGAGGCUUGGCGAUCUGCCCUGAGACCGGCCUCUCCCACCCCCUCAGCAGCUACUCCAGAGGGCCGGGCGCUACGGAGAACCAUGAGCCUGUAUCACCGGAACGUACAAUGACUCUUUGGGGAACGGGGGCAAACUCUGGGCAGGAUUCAUGCCUCUCCAGUCGCUCCAACUCAGCACUCACCCUCACUGACACGGAAAUGGACAAUAAAUCCGACAACGAGAUGGGUGACCAUAUUUCUUGCCAGCAAGGCCCGCCUCCUCUGCCACCUGCCCCGCCCCCACACAAGCAGCAUCCGUCCAUCACGUCCCUGACUCGAAGCUCACUGGCCAAUCAGAGGAGCCCGAGCCCGCCGCCAUCAGCCGGCCUGGCGACCGACUUGCAGAGUACGGCGGAAUGCGUCCAGCUGCAGGACAGCUGGGUCCUGGGCAGCAAUGUGGCCCUGGAGAGCAGGCAUUUUCUUUUUAAAACGGGCACAGGAACAACACCUUUCUUUGGCACAGCCGCCCCCGGGUACACCAUGGCUACAGGGACGGUUUACUCCACACCGGCUCGACCUCUGCCCAGACACAGCCUCUCCAGAGGAGCUUUCAAGUUCAAGAAGUCGCCGAAACACUGCUCCUGGAAGUGCACUGCCCUGGUCGCCGUGGGGAUCGCUGUGGUUCUGUCCAUCGUCCUCUGCUACUGCAUAGCAAUGCACCUUUUUGGCCUCAAUUGGCAGCUCCAAGAGUUGGACAACCAGCCGGCUUUUGAAAACGGAGGAGUUGGGAAGACGGGGCCCACUCAGCCGAGCAUAGUGACAGCUCUGGCUGCUGACGGAAGGACUAACGUGCUGAAUCAGGAGAACAACUCCAUUGAUACGGGACAGGUGGACAUAGGGAAGAAGGCGGGUCAGAGCAUCCCACCGGGGGUGUUCUGGCGUUCUCAUCUCAGCAUGGAGCUCCCACGCUUCCUGAAGUUCAACAUCUCGGUACAGAAGAACGCACUGAUAGGAGUCUAUGGACGGAAAGGUCUCACACCCUCUCACACUCAGUAUGACUUUGUGGAGCUGUUGGACGGCAGCCGGCUUAUCGCCAAAGAACAUUGGACUCAAAGUGAACCGGAGACGAGGGGACGGCAGGAUCACCCGGUCAGCGUGCACCAAGCCGGCUUCAUCCAGUACCUGGACUCAGGGGUGUGGCACCUGGCGUUUUAUAAUGACGGAAGAAACGCGGAGACAGUGUCCUAUAACACCAUCAUUCAGGAAUCUGUCACGGAGUGCACACACAACUGCUACGGGAACGGAGAGUGUGUGGCGGGAUCAUGCCACUGCUUCCCAGGAUUCAUUGGGCCGUACUGUUCCAGAGCCGCCUGUCCGGUGCUGUGCAGCGGUAACGGUCAGUACACCAGGGGGCGCUGCCAGUGCUACAGCGGGUGGAAAGGCACUGAGUGUGACGUUCCUGCCUCCCAGUGUAUCGAUCCUCAAUGCGGGGGACACGGAUUGUGUGUGUCGGGCAACUGUGUGUGCAACAGCGGCCACAAAGGACCCAACUGUGAACAAGUUGACUGUGUGGACCCGAUAUGUUCCGGUCACGGAGCCUGUCAUCACAGUGAGUGCCACUGUAACCCGGGGUGGGGUGGCAUCAGCUGUGAGAUCCUGAAGAGCACUUGUCCAGAGCAGUGCUCCAGUCACGGCACCUUCAACACCGAGUCGGGGACCUGCGUCUGCAAGGCCAACUGGACGGGGGCCGACUGCUCAAUAGAGGUGUGUGUGGUGGACUGUGGUCCUCACGGCCUGUGCAUCAGCGGUGUGUGUCACUGCGAGGAGGGCUGGACAGGACCAGAGUGUGAGCAGAGGGACUGUCACCCACGCUGCAUCGACCACGGAGUCUGCCGAGAGGGCAAGUGUGACUGCCAUCAGGGCUGGACGGGUGAACAUUGCACCAUCGCCCUGGAUUCCAGAGUAUCAGGACCAGUCAAGAUAGGAUAUAAAGACGGCUGCCCCGGGCUGUGUAACAACAACGGGAGGUGCGUCCUGGAUCAGAACGUCUGGCACUGCAUCUGCCAGUCAGGGUGGCGCGGGUUGGGAUGCGAUGUAGCGACGGAAACGCUCUGCUCUGAUGGCAAGGAUAACGAGGGAGAUGGACUUGUCGACUGCAUGGAUCCAGAUUGCUGCACUCAGGUCUCGUGCCAGGGUCAGACGUACUGUCGCGGAUCACCUGACCCCGCUGCCAUCGCCGGCCAGAGCCAGAGUUCAGCCACCCAGCCCACAUCCAAGGGCUUCUACGACCGCGUCAGCUUUUUGAUUGGCCCCAGCGGCAGUCACGUGAUACCCUGGGAUAACCCGUUCAACAGCAGCCUGGCGUCAGUCAUCCGAGGUCAGGUCCUCACGGGAGACGGGACGCCGCUGAUCGGAGUCAACGUGUCCUUUCUGCACUACCCCGAGUACGGCUACACCAUCACCCGGCAGGACGGCAUGUUCGAUCUCUUGGCCAAUGGUGGUGCUUCUCUGACGCUGAGUUACGAGCGCGCCCCGUUCCCCUCGCUGCACCGCACUGUGUGGCUGCCCUGGAACGUUUUCCACGUGAUGGACACGGUGGUGAUGAAGCGUGAGGAGAACGACAUCCCCAGCUGCUACCUCACCGGCCUGAUCAGACCCAACCCCCUCAUCCUGGCCACGCCCCUCUCCACUCUGUACAAGACGUCCCCCGAGGACAGCCCCAUCAUCCCGGAGACCCAGGUCCUUCAUGAGCAAGUUGCUAUACCAGGCAGUGACCUGAACCUGGUCUACCUGAGCUCCAGGGCGCCUGGCUACAAGCCCAUCCUCAAGGUGCUGCUGACCCCGGACCGCCUCCCCUUCGGCCUGAUGAAGGUCCACCUGAUGGUGGCCGUCAUGGGCCGUCAGUUCCAGAAGUCUUUCCCUGCCUUCCCCGACCUCUCGUACACCUUCAUCUGGGAUAAAACAGACGCCUACAGUCAGAGGGUCUUUGGCCUCGCAGAGGCAAUGGUGUCGGUGGGAUAUGAAUACGAGUCCUGCCUUGAUGUGGUGCUCUGGGAGAAGAGGACUGCUGUGUUACAAGGCUAUGAACUCGAUGCAUCCACCAUGGGAGGGUGGAUGUUAGACAAACACCACAUAUUGGACAUCCAGAACGGUAUCCUUUACAAAGGCAGCGGGGAGAAUCAGUUCAUCUCGCUCCAGCCCCCGGUGAUCUCCACCGUCAUGGGGAACGGGCGGCGCAGGAGCAUCUCGUGCCCCAGCUGUAACGGACAGGCUCAGGGCAACAAGCUGCUGGCGCCCGUGGCUCUGGCGUGGGGCAUCGAUGGAAGUCUGUACGUCGGAGACUUCAACUACAUCCGACGCAUCUACCCAUCGGGAAAUGUCACAAGUAUCAUGGAGCUCAGAAAUAAAGACUUUAGACACAGUAACAACCCGGCACACCGCUAUUACCUGGCAACGGAUCCAGUCAGUGGCCAGCUGUUCGUGUCAGACACAAACUCCCGGAGGAUCUACAGACCCAAAAUCUUAACUGGGACCAAGGAACUGCAGGCGAAUGCAGAGGUGGUGGCAGGAACAGGAGAGCACUGCCUGCCUUUUGAUGAGAACCACUGUGGAGACGGAGGAAAAGCUCCAGAGGCCUUCCUCACCGGACCCAAAGGCAUCGCUGUGGGCAAGAACGGCCUGAUAUAUUUUGUGGAUGGCACCACGAUCAGAAAGGUGGACCAGAACGGCAUCAUCUCCACUUUCCUCGGCUCAAACGACCUGACAUCGGCUCGACCUCUGACCUGUGACAACAGCAUGGAUAUCAAUCAGGUCAUUCUGGAGUGGCCCACAGACCUUGCUGUCAGCCCCAUGGACAACUCUCUGUACAUCCUGGACAACAACAUUGUGCUGCGCAUCACGGAGAACGGCCAAGUGAGCAUCGCAGCUGGCCGACCCCUCCACUGCCCGCUGGCUGGCAUGGAGCGCGGCGUGGCCGGUGGUCAAAGGGCGCAGUUAACCCCCAUCGAAUCUGCUGUUGCCAUCGCCAUAUCUUACCAUGGAGCCAUCUACAUAGCGGAGACGGAUGAGAGGAAGAUGAGCAGGAUCCGAAAGGUUUCUGUGGAUGGUGAGAUAACGCAUUUGGCCGGAUCUCUCUCUGACUGCGAUUGCAAGAACGAUGCCAACUGUGACUGUUACCAGACAGGGGACGGCUAUGCCAAAGAUGCGAGGCUUAAUGCUCCAUCUUCUUUAGUGGCAGCUCCAGAUGGAACACUCUACGUGGCGGACCUGGGCAACAUCCGCAUCCGGGCCAUCACUAAAAAUGGGCCAACUCCCAGUGCCAAUACAUUUGAGGUGGCUUCGCCUGAUGCCCAGGAGCUGUAUGUGUUUGACAGUAACGGCACUCACCAGCACACUGCUAGCCUGCUCACUGGUGACUUGAAAUUCACGUUCAGCUACAGCACAGAGAACGAUAUUACAGCUGUGACGGACAGCAGUGGAAACACUCUGAGGAUCCGCAGAGAUCCUAACCGCACACCAGUUCGUAUCGUCGCCCCUGAUAACCAGGUGAUCUGGCUAACCAUGGGCACUAAUGGUGGAUUGAAAACACUCACAGCACAGGCCCAGGAGCUGGUGCUUCUCACCUACCAUGGUAACAACGGCCUGCUGGCCACAAAGACAUCAGAGAUUGGAUGGACGACUUUCUACGACUAUGACAGCGAAGGACGGCUAAUGAAUGUGACGUUCCCCACUGGGAUGGUGAACAACUUGUACACGGACAUAUUCAGCGCUCUGACGGUGGACAUCGAGAGCUCCAUGACAGACGAGGAAAUCAGCAUCACCACCAACACCUCCACCAUCCGUGCCUUCUACACUCUGGCUCAGGACCAAUGUAGAAGCAGCUAUCAAGUGGGCUUUGACAACUCGCUGAGGAUUACCUAUGCCAAUGGGAUGGACACCCACUACCAGACAGAGCCCCACAUCCUGGCCGGCGCUGCCAACCCCACCGUAGCCAGGCGCAACAUGAGCCUGCCAGGGGAGAGUGGGCAGAACUUGGUGGAAUGGCGCUUCCGCAAAGAACAAGCCAGAGGCAAAGUUAUCGUGUUUGGACGCAAGCUUAGGGUGAACGGACGGAACAUUCUUUCUGUCGAUUACGAUCGCACCCUGAGGACGGAGAAGAUUUACGAUGACCACAGGAAAUUCCUCUUAAAGAUUAUAUACGACACAGCAGGUCACCCGGUGCUGUGGGUGCCCAGCAGUAAGCUACUGCCGGUUAAUGUGAGCCGCACCAGCAGUGGGCAAAUCAGCGCCCUGCAAAGAGGUCCCACCACGGAAAGACUGGAGUAUGAUAGCCAGGGCCGCCUGAUAUCCAGGGUGUUUGCUGAUGGGAAAAUAUGGAGUUACACCUACCUGGAGCAGUCCAUGGUUCUCCUGCUCCACAGUCAGCGGCAGUACAUAUUUGAUUUCGACUCUCUGGACCGGCUUUCUGCUGUCACGAUGCCAAGCGUAGCACGCUACACCAUGCAGACCAUCCGUUCAGUGGGCUACUACAGGAACCUUUAUCACCCCCCGGAGAGCAACGCCUCAGUGGCUGUGGACUACAGCGAAGACGGCCUUCUAAUGAGGAUAGCUCACCUCGGCACAGGCCGCAGGAUCCUGUACAGAUACAGGAGGCAGAACAAACUGUCAGAGAUCCUGUACGACAGCACCAGGGUCAGCUUCACCUACGAUGAAACGGCAGGAGUGCUGAAGACCGUCAACCUGCAGAACGAGGGAUUCAUCUGCUCCAUCCGUUAUCGACAAGUGGGUCCCCUGGUGGACCGGCAGAUUUUCCGCUUCAGUGAGGAUGGCAUGGUCAAUGCCCGCUUCGACUACACCUACGACAGCAGCCUGCGAGUCACAAGCGUGCAAGGUGUCAUCAACGAAACACCAUUACCCAUCGAUCUGUACCAGUUUGAUGAUAUCUCGGGGAAAGUUGAGCAGUUUGGGAAGUUUGGGGUGAUUUACUAUGAUAUAAAUCAGAUCAUAUCCACUGCAGUCAUGACCUACACCAAGCACUUCGAUGCACAUGGUCGCAUCAAGGAGAUCCAGUACGAGAUAUUCCGCUCCCUCAUGUACUGGAUCACUUUCCAGUAUGACGAUGUUGGGCGAGUCAUCAAGCGAGAGAUCAAGAUCGGCCCCUUCGCCAACACCACCAAGUACAGCUAUGAGUAUGAUGUUGACGGCCAGCUGCAGACUGUGUACCUGAACGAGAAAGUGAUGUGGCGCUACACGUAUGACCUUAAUGGGAAUCUGCAUCUGCUGAACGCAGGAAACAGUGCCAGGCUUCUUCCUCUGCGCUACGACUUGAGAGACCGAAUCACCCGCCUGGGAGAUAUCCAGUACAGAAUGGAUGAAGAUGGUUUCCUCCGUCAGAGAGGGGCAGAGAUCUUUGAGUACAACUCCAAAGGACUCUUGGUGCGGGUCUACAGUAAGAGCAGCGGCUGGACCAUUCAGUACCGCUACGAUGGACUGGGGCGCAGAGUGUCCACCAAGUCAAGCCUAGGCCAACACCUGCAGUACUUCUACGCAGACCUGAGUUACCCAGCCAGGAUUACACAUGUAUACAACCACUCCAGCUCAGAGAUCACGUCGCUCUACUACGACCUUCAAGGCCACCUGUUCGCUAUGGAGAUCAGCAGCGGGGAGGAGUUCUACAUCGCCUGUGAUAACACCGGCACUCCUCUGGCUGUCUUCACCAGCAACGGCCUCCUGGUCAAACAGCUGCAGUACACGGCGUACGGUGAGGUCUACUUCGACUCAAACCCAGAAUUCCAGCUUGUGCUCGGGUUUCACGGAGGUCUGUACGAACCCCUGACCAAACUGCUGCACUUCGGGGAGCAGGAUUAUGACAUUAUGUCUGGCAGAUGGACACUUCCGGAUAUCUCUACUUUGCAAAAGAUGAGCAAAGAACCUGCUCCUUUUAAUCUCUACAUGUUUAGAAAUAACAACCCAAUCAGCAAAGUCCAUGAACUGAGAGAGUAUGUUGCAGAUGUGAACAGCUGGCUUGUCACCUUUGGCUUUCAUCUUCACAACACCAUCCCUGGGUUUCCGGUCCCUAAGUUUGACCUCAGUAUGCCAUCCUAUGAACUGAUGAAGAGUCAGCGCUGGGAUGAUCUGCCGUCUAUCUCUGGGGUCCAGCAGGAAGUUACCAGACAAGCGCACUCUCUCUUGUCAUUUGAGCGGCUGCCAGAGGUCCAUCUCACUCGAGGUCGCAGAGGUGAAAAGUCUUGGCUGUGGUUCUCAGCGGCAAUGUCUCCCAUCGGAAGAGCCGUUAUGUUCGCCAUCUACAAGGGCAGCGUCCACACUCACACGCUCAAUGUGGCCGGUGAGGACUGCAUCAAGGUUGCAACAAUCCUCAACAACGCUUUCUACUUGGAAGACCUCCACUUCACCAUAGAAGGACGAGACACACAUUACUUUGUCAAGCCUGGCCUUCCAGAUGCCGACCUUGCUUCGUUGCACCUCACUAGUGGACAUAAGACUCUGGAGAACGGUGUCAAUGUCACUGUUUCCCAGUCCACCACCGUCAUGGAUAGCCGGACUCGGCGUUUCGCAGAUGUGGAGAUUCAUGCCGGUGCUCUAGGUCUUCACAUCCGCUAUGGAUCCACGGUGGACGAGGAGAAAGUGCGGGUGGUUGAGUUCGCCCGUCAGCGCGCCCUCGCAGGUGCGUGGGCGAGGGAGCAGCAGCGGGUGAGGGAUGGAGAGGAAGGGGUCCGCCCCUGGACAGAGGGGGAGAAGAGGCAGCUUCUGAGUAGUGGAAAGGUUCUGGGGUUCGACGGGUACUAUGUGCUCUCCAUUGAGCAGUACCCAGAAUUAGCAGACAGUGCUAAUAACAUCCACUUUCUUCGGCAAAGUGAAAUCGGGAAGAGGUAACAAUAAGAGGGGCAUUUUCUGCCAAAGAGACUUAGUUUUGGUAGAGACUUUCAAGCGGACAAAUGAAAACAACUGUAAUCAAAGGUUGCUUCUACAGUAUGUAUCCUGAGUGUCGUGUGUUUUUGAAAAUAAAAUAAGAAAUACAAAAAAGUACAAGUGGUCAAAAGCAAUGCUGUGCAUUGUGACCUAGGGACUACAGAGUAAAUGUAUAACUACACCAAGCCUUACAAUGGCAAUUACAGGUCAGUUCCUCUGUUGCACAAGCCUUUCGGACUCUGGACUCUGAUGCAGAGGAAUAGCGGUGUCUUUGACGAAACAGUGAGCUAAUUUAGGUGUCUUUUGUUUUGUUUUCAUCAAGAAAAAAGUCUGGCUCAACAGAGAAUGUUAAAAGAUCAAACAAAAUGUUUACAUUAUGCAUAUCUGCACUUCUCUAGAAGUAUGGGGCUCGGGAGUUCACACUCGUGGAGCAAGCAGUAUCCUUGAGCAAAUGCUUGUUUUUAAAAUCAGAGACUUCUGACGUUAGAAAUAUCCUCACCAAACAACCACUAUGUAUACCAGAUUUAGCACUGUAAACAUCAAAAUGUCUUAUUCUCUGAGAUGCUUUUGAAAAAAAAAAAAAAAGAAACAGUUUCAAUGUUUAAAUACCCAAUAUACAUUUUGGGAAAAAAGGGACAGUAUAGGUAUGCUGAACUCUGUUGGGGAGCAUAGGCACAGAUGUGUCUGGGAUAGCACAGGGACACCAUGUUUUGUAAAUUAUGCAAGAGUUUUAUGGGCGUUUUUUUUAAGAAACUGUAUUAAUGUCUGUAUUAGUCAUAUUAACAGUAAUUUAUGUUGUGUUUAAACAUGACAAAUAAAGUCCAGCUGAUUUUAAUUUCCUUUAAUUUUUCAGACAAGCAUUUUUAUUUUUAUUUUCUAAUGUGGCUAUGUGGGGCUUUUUCACAAUGCUCUGUUUAAGUAAUUAACAGAAACCUGUGCAUGUAGUGACAAGUAUUUACAAGUGGUGAUGUAUCUAUAACAUGCCGUCAACUAUUAUUUCCACUAAAUUGAAUGUUUGUUGGGCAUAAUGCCUUUUGACCUGGCUGCCUGUCCAAUGAAUAUUUCAUCAACACAAAUAUUUCAUGAACCCAUUUCACAUCAACAAGGUUACAGUGGAUCCAAAUAUAGAUCACAUCCAUGUUCUCGGUAGGUAUACUUUUUUUGAAUGUUAAAUGCACUCAUGGAUUAAAAUGAUAGUGGGGUU